UAUCCGGGAUAUAACAAACUUGCGCUACCUAUCCUUAUAUGGUGCGGGCACCUAAACAUUGUCGGAAAACUGGAACUGGGUGUUGGUUUUUGCUUUCUACAAUUGAAUCGUCAACUACUGGUUCUGUAUAAGACUACUUCGCUGUAGUUUCAGCUGCGUGCCGCUUUGACAAUGGCCGUGCACAUUAUGAAGGAACUUGUGUACUGGGUACUUGACAGCUACUUGUCUCGAUAUAUCAAGAACUUUGACAAAGACAAAUUGAAGGGCUCUCUGUGGCGCGGAAAUGUACAACUUGGAGGCGAAGGCACGCCUUUGGAGAUCAAACCAGAAGCUCUGGCCGGGGAGAAUAUGCCAGUACAAGUAGUAUUUGGUGUCUUAGAGAAAUUUAGUUUGCACAUACCAUGGACCACCAUUCUUGGCUACGGCGACAUAGAAGUUGGCAUCAAAGGAUUAUAUGCUGUUGUAGAACCAAAUGCUGCGCAAGAGUAUGAUGCUGAACAAGAAGCAACGAUGCUGCAGGCGUUAAAGGAACUGCAGAUACAAAAGAUAGAGCAUGCUGUUCAACGAUUUAGAAAGCAGCAAACUGGUCAUUAA